AUAGGACCUCGAAAGUACAUAACUACAGCACAAAAUAGUAGUUUUUAUCAUUUAAUUUCCAUCAUCUAUAAAGAGGCUUGUAAAAAGAUACGCUAAUAAUAAUGGCGUUUUAAUACUGUUUUAUUUUGGACAUGUUUAACUACUUUUGUAGAUUAUGAUGUCCCAUAGAAACAAAAACGUCUCGUACUGGCAGUACCUACUUGUCAGCCAUAGUAACUCGUCAACCCAAGUAGCCCUUUCCUUUGUGAAUUCUAAAUCCAACUAUAGUGUUUGUUCCUUUCCAAUAUAUGAAUUUUAGAUGUUUUUGACCAACUUUAAUCGUCGUAGAUCAUUAUGUUGUGAAUUUUAAAUGUACUUAAUGGCGUACUCGUUCCGUAACCUCAAUCAAGCGGAAGUGACUGAAACCUGCUGGUUAUAGUGGAUAUAUGCAUUCUAGGAAGCUUAGUGUUAUUUUGUUUGUACCCUAAUUACCUUUAAUAUCAUAUGCAAGUGAUACUAACGAUAUAAUGGUAGAAAUAGGUGCUCCACAGCAAUCUGCAGAAGACAGUUUAGAAAAUGCCGAAUGGUAUUGGGGAGAUAUUACUCGGGAUGAAGCUAAUGAAAAAUUAAGAGAUACUUGUGAUGGCACUUUUCUAGUCAGGAAUGCCUCAAAUAAAGAUAGUGGCUACACAUUAACAGUAAGAAAAGGAGGCACAAACAAAUUAAUUAAGAUAUACAAUCAAGAUGGCCGCUAUGGAUUUUGUGAACCUUUUGAAUUUAAAUCAAUUGUUGAUCUUGUUGGAUUCUAUACUGAGUAUUCAUUGGCACACUGUAAUAGCAGUUUGGAUAUUAAACUCAUGUAUCCACUCUCCCGGAAUCAAGAGAAUGAUGGAGGAGAAAAUAUUAAUGAUGAAACAUUGGAAACACGAUAUAAAGACAUUCAUAAAGAAUUUGUACUAAAAACUAGAGAUUAUGAUGAGCGUUCUGACAAAUAUAUGAGGUUACGAGAAGAAGUUAAAUUUAAAAGACAGGCUUUAGAUGCUUUUAAGGAAACUUUGAAGGCAUGUGAAGAUCACCUAAAACUACAAGAAAAAAUGCAGUCUGAAGCACAACCUCAUGAAAAAAUUGAUGUUAUUGAGAACAAUAGACAAUUAAUAUUGAGAGUGAACAGCUUAAGGCAAGCCCGAGUACAAUUGCACAAUAUUCUUAAAGAAACUGUUGAAUCUAAUUUGUUGCUAGAAAGAGAAAUAACAAAAUUAAAAUCAGAAAUUAUUAAUCUUUACAAAAUAAAAGACCGCUAUAAAGUGUGGUUACAACGACGAGGCAAAACUGAAGAAUACCUCCAAGCUUUGGAAGAUGACAAUAUACAUAAACUUGAAGAAUUAUAUGCACAUCGUGAAAUGAUUACAUGGAUGGUAGAGAAUUGUACACGCGAUAUGGCAGAGAAACUUUUAGAAGGAAAACCUCAGGGCACUUUUUUAAUCAGACCUAAUUCGACUGGUCAGCUUGCCCUGUCUAUUUGUUGUAAUAAUUUGGUUUAUCAUUGCAUAAUUUUUAAGACUGAAAGAGGUUAUGGAUUUGCAGAACCUUACAAUAUCUACAAUGUUUCCCUAUUUUUCAGAACUUUAAAUGAGCUAGUAUUACAUUACGCUUCUAACUCCUUAGAAGAACAUAAUGAACAAUUAAGGACUGCAUUAAAAUAUCCAAUUAAUGCAUGCUUAGUGAAAAAGCCAGAUAAAAAAAUGCAGGAAACACAAACGGAUAUGCGGUUACAUCAGGAGUCUCACCAUGAAGCACAACUUCAAACACAUCAGCGUCGACAGAGAAAGCAACGUCAUCCACUUCCAUAAAACCAUCAUGUAAAGGAUUUGACUUAAAGCUUUCCUAGUCAUUUUUGUGAGUAAAAAGACUAGAGUAAUUGAUUGUCAAUUUUCAAAUUGAUAUAAAUCAAUGCCAAUUUCUCCUGUGAAGCCCAAACCUCAUAGAGUUAAUAAUUUAUGUAGCUUGAUUGCGAUAAAAGAGGUUUCUUAUAAGAUGCGUAUUUUGCAUCUCUUGCAAUAUGUGAUAUUUCUUAGUAAUGGCUUCUUAUGUGAUAAUCUAUGUGGACAGUAUGUUCAUCUUUUUUAACUGUAGUAUUUGUUCAUGGUAACAAAAAAGAAUUUUCAGUGUGCACUUCAUUGUAUAAAGUCCUACCAUGACAUAAAUAUAUAUUUGUAAGGGUAAGAAGUGCAUUUUAUUGUCUGGUCUAUAUUAUUUUAUAAUCAUAUUUUAGAAUGCGAAAGUAUGGGUCAAAUGUACAAAACAAUAUUUAUAAGUUAAACAUUGUUGAUUUAUCUUGUAAUACUGUGGUUACACAAUAAUUUGAAUAGUUUUACAUAUUUAUAUAGCUCAUGAGUUUUUAUUACUAAAAUAUUUUCAUAAAAUUAAGAUCUGCUAACAACAUAGUAAGAUUCGUUUAAGUUAUAUAGACUCCACUUUUAUAAAAAAAAUAUGAUUAGGUAGAACCUAACAAAAAUAUUACUUUAUGAUAUUAUACCCACAAGAUAAGUUAUUACACACUUCUUGUCAAGUAAAAGACCAAAGCAAAGCCAAUUGGAAGUGAAAAGUAAUUUAUUAUAUAAAAAAGAUACAGCAAGUAAAUCUUUGUAUCUGAGACACAUUCACUUUUUAUUUUGAAUAAUAAGCCAAAAGCCCAAAACAAUAAUUACAUGUUGCAUUCAAGCAUGAAUUCUACUUAUUUAUGUUUGAUAGGUACUUGACAUUCCUUGUUCAAAAACCACACCAAAAUAAAAAAAUAUGUAAAUGAGUAGAUUUAAAAGUGUGUAUAUUUUUUAAUUUCUUUGAUAAGUAAGAACUUAUCUCUGUUGAUAAUGAAAAGAGAAAUCGAUUUUUUCUUAAUGCAAGCAGAGCUUUGACUAUCUCAUUGCAAUAUUUCUACAUUAUUACAACAAUGUGAAUGAAAAGGUUCCCUUACGACUUUUCUUUCCCUUUGUAAUGCACCACUUAUAUAAAACAUUGUGUUCUUGAAACAAUUAUUGCUAAUGCAAAUUAAAAACCUUGAACUUGUGGUAAAAUCUACAUUUUCUAUUCAAUAGCCUGACUUACUUAGCUUCUUGUAUGUUAGCAAUUAUUUGAUCAGAUAUUUGCUUUUGUAUUAAAGCUUAUACCUUGAAUACUACAAAUGUAUUAAUAUACAUUAAAAUACCUUCAAGGCGCUUCGAGAAUGACACCAGACGCAUAAAAUUGUAUUUUAACAAAUGAAAAAUAGGUAAUAAAUUGUCUUGUCUAUACACUGUGGCAAAAGUUUCUGUAAAAAACUCCUUAAAUUGUCACAAAUAUGUAAACAAUGUCGUGGAAAUAAUGGUAACUUUCUGAAGAAUUGCUAAUUAUUUCAAGGGAAAUGAAAUAAUAACCAUCGUCCAAAAUAUACAACAAUAAGUUUUUGUGUGUUGCACCGUUUUUAACAAAGAUCAUUUUUAUUUUAUCUUAAUUAUUGCCACAGUUUGAAUUGAUUUCAUUAGUGUAUCAGGAAUAAUAUUAAAAAUUACAAUAUCCUUUAAUUCAUCAUAGUGCAUGAAAUAAAGAUCAUUUAAAUAAUAUGAUAUAGAAUAACUUGCUUUCAAAAACAAUUUAAUCCAAUUCAUCAUAUUUUGAAGACCUCUUUCCAUUUUAUAAGAACUCUUGUCUUACUUGAUUUAAACCAAAUAAUAUUAAAAUGUUUGAGUAACUUUUUUGUUUGUUGUUUCAGAGAUAAUAUAAUGUAACGAAAAAUUUGUAGGUGGUUCAAAUAAAUAUAACUGUUUAUUUUUAUGUUAAGAAAGUUUUGUUUCUUAAAAAUUAAAUUUUCGAGUUAGUUUUGCGGUUUAUUAACGAACAUGUUAUUUGAAAUUUAAUUAACUAAAUUCGACAUUUGUAUGUAUUUAUUUCACAUUAUUUGUGCAAUGAAUUGUGGCUAAUUUGUGUGUUAGUUCUCGAUUUAUAGCUUUUCACAAAUAUGUAUUAUAGCAAUAAUGUUUCGAAUUUAUGUUUUUUUCUUAAUACAGAAUUUAAGAUUGUAUCAACAGGUGUAUACAGAAUAAUAAAUAACUUAGUUAUUUGAUUGAUAAAAGUUUUACCUAUUCAUA